GGACGGGAAGCGAGGGUCGCGCGCAGGGCUCCGAAAGAAGGAAAAAAACAGUAAUCGGGAGCGGAGCUCCUUGAGGUGUUAGCAGCACGAAGAAACACCGCAUAUAGGUUGCUUUAAAAAAGACUCCUUAUGACAGAGUAAACGCCGCGGUGGGAAAUUGAAGCCAGGAUAGUAUUAACCCCCAGGAGGACCGAGCGAGCGAGCCGCGACAGGCUGGAAGCGGAGCACCAAUCCCGGAUGGCUAGGCGCGGCUGCCCUCGCGCUCUCCCACCCUGACCCGGCGGAGACGCUCACGGAACUGCCGCUAAGCUCCGCGUGAGAGAGCGGUUACACCGCGUUUCCUCCCCAUCAAACCCCGCCUGUUUUUCCUUCAAACGGGGAAUUUUAAGUCGGACAUAAACAAACAUCCGCCGCGUCCAUCAGAGAGGGUGUGUGGGGUGGGGUGGGGGGCUGAGGGUUUGCUAUUUAAUGGUGUUUUUUUGUUUUGUUUUUUUUAGCGUGUCGGUGACAUGGCUGUGUUGGACUGAAGGAGCCAUAGCGGCAUUAUGGGAUGUAGCAGGACUGAGCUGUGACCCCCUGCUCAUUGGGAGGAAACAUUCUGCGUCCAGGAGCGGGAACAGCCAGACCUAAACACACACACACACAAUCAGCUAUUAUUUUUUUUCCACUAACACACAUCGCAGCCAUGCCCGUCUUCAACGGCCUGCUGAAGGUUCGGGUGUGUGAAGCGGUGGACCUGAAGCCCACCCCGUGGGCAUUGCGUCACGCCGUAGGGAAGAGCGGCUCCUUCCUGCUGGAUCCCUACCUGGCCCUAAAUCUGGACCAUACCCGAUUAGGCCAGACUGCCACCAGAACCAAAACCAACAGCCCGGCCUGGCACCAGGAGUUCUGCACCGAGGUUCGAGAGGGACGCAGCCUGGAGCUGUCGGUGUUCCACGAUGCUCCCAUUGGCUACGAUGACUUCGUGGCAAACUGCACCAUCCAGCUGGAGGACCUGCUGCAGAACGGUACCAGGCACUACGAAGACUGGAUCGACUUGGAGCCUGAGGGGAAGGUCUACGUGGUCAUUGAUCUGUCUGGAUCCACGACUGAGGCUUCUGGGACAAAUGAGAAUGAGGAGAGGGUGUUCCGUGAGAGAAUUGGUCCUCGCCGGCGGCAAGGAGCCGUUCGAAGACGCGUCCACCAAGUCAACGGACAUAAGUUCAUGGCCACCUACCUGAGACAGCCGACCUACUGCUCACAUUGCAGAGAUUUUAUAUGGGGUGUGCUGGGGAAGCAGGGAUAUCAGUGUCAGGUGUGUACUUGCGUCGUCCACAAGCGCUGCCAUGAGCUCAUCAUCACCAAGUGCGCUGGAAUGAAGAAGCAGGACGACACAGCUGAGGAGGUGGGUUCACAGCGUUUCAGUGUUAACAUGCCCCACAAGUUCAGUAUCCACAACUACAAGGUGCCUACCUUCUGUGACCACUGUGGUUCUCUGCUGUGGGGCCUCAUGAGGCAGGGCCUUCAGUGUAAAGUUUGUAAGAUGAAUGUGCACAGGCGCUGUGAGACUAAUGUAGCUCCUAAUUGUGGGGUGGACGCCAGAGGAAUCGCUAAGGUGCUCUCUGACCUGGGAGUCACACCUGACAAAAUCUCCAACACAGCACAGCGCAGGAGGAAGUUGACUCCAGGGCAGGACCCUCCUCAGUCUCCUCCUGAGCUCUCUCAGACGGAGGAGAACAGCUUCAGCCAGCCAGCUGUCCCCACCUCCCCCUCGCAGCAGGACUUGGCAGGCCUGGACCGCCUGCAGGACGCCCUGUCGCUCGACCAGCAGGGACCCCAAAACUCAUCUUCCUCUUCCUCCUCCUCCACCAACUCCUCGUCCUCCUCCUCGGCAGCCAGGGAGAAUGGACAGAGCCAGAGGAGGACCCUGAAGGACUUUAAUUUUAUCAAGGUCCUUGGCAAAGGCAGCUUUGGCAAGGUGCGACGGCGUGGAGGUGUUAAAGACGUAAUUCUUCAAGACGACGAUGUUGACUGCACCAUGACGGAAAAGCGCAUCCUGGCCCUCGCCCGCCGCCACCCCUACCUCACCCAGCUCUACUGCUGCUUCCAGACACGGGACCGUUUGUUCUUUGUGAUGGAGUAUGUGAACGGAGGAGACUUGAUGUUCCAGAUUCAGAGAUCCAGGAAGUUCGAUGAGCCUCGCUCGCGUUUCUACGCUGCCGAAGUCACGUCGGCCUUAAUGUUUCUGCAUCGAAAUGGGGUCAUCUACAGAGACCUGAAGUUGGAUAACAUCCUCUUGGAUGCAGAGGGACACUGCAAGCUGGCAGACUUCGGUAUGUGCAAGGAGGGCAUCAACAACGGGGUGACCACCACCACAUUCUGCGGCACACCUGACUACAUUGCUCCUGAGAUCCUGCAGGAACUCGAGUACGGAGCCUCUGUGGACUGGUGGGCCUUGGGGGUGCUGAUGUAUGAGAUGAUGGCCGGGCAGCCGCCAUUCGAGGCUGAUAAUGAAGAUGACUUGUUUGAGUCAAUUCUCCAUGAUGAUGUGCUCUAUCCUGUGUGGCUCAGCAAGGAGGCGGUGUCCAUUCUUCGAGCCUUCAUGACGAAGAACCCAGCCAAGCGUCUGGGCUGCAUGGUGAGCCAAGGCUGCGAGGAGGCUAUCAAGACCCACCCCUUCUUCAGGGAGAUCGACUGGGUCCUGCUGGAGCAGAGAAAAGUGAAACCUCCGUUUAAACCCCGAAUUAAAACCAAGCGAGAUGUGAAUAACUUCGACCAGGACUUCACCAAGGAGGACCCGGUGCUGACGCCUACAGACGAGGCCAUCAUCCGACAGAUCAACCAGGAGGAGUUCAAGGACUUCUCCUACUGUGCCCCCGAGGAGACGCAGACCUAAAACUCACACAAACACACACCCACCCACCCUCCUAUCAGAUAAGGCUAACACCCGGCAUGCUUACACUCAGCAGAACCAGAACACAAGCCUCUCUGCGUCAAUCUUUUAUUUUAUUUUUUCCGUUUUAAAGCUCUUGGUUGUUGUUACUUUUGGAGCAUUAUUUACUUGCAUUGUGUCGUUCUUGUUGCCUGGGUUUUUAUUAAUGAAUAUGACUAUGAAAAUAAAUAUGAACACGCACACCGCUCUCACACACGCAUACACAUUCUCACUUUGUCACUGUUUAGACAGAUGGAUACGCUUACACUGCUUCUCUAACCAGCACCGACUCACACACGCACAAACACACCCCCACACACAGACACACACUCGGAGCGGCGGUGUAAAGGCUUGUACAUAGCCUGUGUCGAGUGGCUGUAUCGUGUCGGUAUCGUCUGCUAGUAAAAGGGGCGUUGUUGCGCAUGGACAAGCACCCUUCCUGUGUUAUUACUGUCCUUAUCGUGGACCAUUUAGGG